AUGAUGCAGACGCACCACCCAGGCUGGGAGGUGCGGUAUUGGGAUGACCGCUCUGUCUUGUCGCUGAUCAAGAGCGACUUUGCCUUUUUUCUGCCCACGUUCAAGAGCUACAAGCAGGUCGUCCAGCGCUCUGAUGCAGCGCGGUGGCUGAUUCUCUACAAAUUUGGUGGUGUUUACAUCGACAACGAUGUGGAGUGCUACCGAUCCAUGGAGCCCAGCAUCAAGGGGCUCGACCUCGCCGUCAACUGCGAGUUGGAGGCGCCUGCCGGCAAGGUCGGCAACGCCGUGCUGGCCAGCGCGCCUGGCAACCCGCUGUGGCUGCGCAUCAUCAGGGAGGGCAUCAAGAGGGCGGCCAACGUCAAGCCAGGGGCGCCUGUUGAGGAGACGCUGGACGUCACGGGCCCCCACAUCACUGAGUGGGGCAUCAAGACCACUCAUGGCCUGGGUAUGGAGGCGGAGGUCUGUGGCAUCCCCCUCACCGACUCUGACGGCCGCAAAACCUACGCAUUCAAGAUGGGGGAGUGGUUCACACCCUGCCGCUGGAACAACCACACCUGCCACAUGGAAUGGGCACGCAAGAGCUUCUACGCUCGCAGCAUCGCCGCGCCCCCAGGCAGCCAGGGCUCGCACGCCCCCGGCUCAGUGGUGGGCAUGCACAUGUACGCGUCAUCCUGGACCAACGACAUGUCCGCCACGGCCCAGCGCAUGCGCCAGCAGGCCAGGGAGUCCCUGGACGAGGCCUCCAAGUUCCUCUCCGACCCCUUGAAGUUCGUUGAGUACCGCUGCCUCGACCCCCUGAGGCUCCCUGCAUCGACCCCCGGCAACGUGACGCCGUCGCCCGCCCCUUCGGCCUCCGGCGGCCGCCUGCUGGUCUGCGGGGAAUUUGUGGAGGACGCGAUCAAGGGCGGCACCUGCACGGUAGUCACCAUGGCCGGCCAGCCCCACCUGGCCGACUUCGAAGCCGAGGCGACGCUGCGGCGCCUCGGCUGCCGCGUGACCGCCUUCACGCCCGGCGGCGACCUGCCCGUCGCGCUGCAGGCGGCGGCGCCGGCGGGGCAGGGCGGAGAGAGCUUCGCGCCGGCGACGCACGCGCUGCGCAUGGCGGCGGCCGCGAAGCACAACGGCGGCGCGCGGCUGGCGCCGACCGAUGGUGACGUCAUCCUUGAGGAGGACGCGGCCGACCCCGCGGCGCUGAUGGCCGCGGCCGCGGCUGCCGCGCGCCACCCGCCGGCGCGGCACACGCUGUUGCACAUCUCGUGCGGCGGCUGCGAGUGGGACACCUUCCACGCCAUGUUCCAGCACGCCACCCUCAGCGGCGACGCCCUUGACCACAUUGAGACGCUGCUGCUGGACACCCCCGGCCCUGUGCCCAGCGAUCACCGCGCCCUCAGCCUCUACGCGCUUCUGUACCAGGUCCAUGGCUUUGUGGGCUUCACCCACCACCGGCUGCCCAACGGGCAGAUCCGCCUGGGCUGGGUGCGCGCCCCGUGGCGCGCCGCCGUGCGCGCGGCGGUGCUGGGGCGUGCCGGCGGGGACGGCCGUCCGUCUGCGUCAGCGUGA